UUAUCCACGACUAACAGGCCGCACAACCAUGUCAGCGAAACAGACAAGUAGUUACCUCCGGCUGGCUUUGAUUUUAGCCGUAACGGUUUUGAGGUGCGCCGAGAGCCAGUACUACGGAUACCCUUACUACGGCGUGGGGACGGGGGCGGGUGCGGGGGCAGGAGCCGGCUCUGCGUACGGCAAUGUGUACGGCAACGGCAUUUACGGCUAUCCCAGUUACGGAGGCUAUCCGUACUACUCGUACCCCAGCUACAACCCCUACUCGAUGUACGGCGGGUACGGGCAGUACGGGGGCUACCCCUACAGCGGAUACCCCUACGGAGGCAGUGGCAUCAACACGGCCUACGCCAGCAGCAGCGGAGGCUUCGCCACGGCCAGUGCGGGCGGAAAUGGAUACUACGGCUAAUCCUCGCCAGCAGUGAUAUUCCCCACUUAAGCUAGUUGAACUAUACAUAAGAAUUAGUUAAGAACUCCUACUAAUUUAGU